CCGUGUAAUGUGUACCGCUGCUUAAGUGUAACCUAACCUAACAUUGUGUAAAAAUGUUAGAAAUGAACAUAAGAUAAAGUUAUUUUAUUUUUUAAAUUAACGAAAAUAAAAAUUGUCAAUGGGACGAAGUCGUACUCCAUCACCAGGAAGACGGAGGGAUCGAUCUCGAGAACGAGAUCGUGACAGAGAUCGGCGGAGAAGACGGUCACGAGAAAGAAGACGAAGAUCUGUAGAACGAGAUAGAGUAAAGUCAAGAGAUAGAGACAGGGAUCGAGAACGUGAACGAGACAGACAUAGAAGAUCAUACAGUAGAUCUAGAUCACGGGAACGUGAAAGAUCGCGUGACAGAUCCAGACACAGAGUGAAACCGAAACCUUCAACAAAUGAAAGACCCAUUAUUACAGAAGCAGACCUUCAAGGCAAGACGCCCGAGGAACAAGAGAUGAUGAGAAUAAUGGGAUUCUGUGAUUUUGAUACCACUAAAGGCAAAAAAGUAGAUGGGAACGACGUAGGUGCAGUUCAUGUUAUUUUGAAAAGGAAAUACAGACAGUACAUGAAUAGAAAGGGUGGAUUCAACAGGCCUCUGGACUUUGUUGCAUAAUUUAGUAUAAUUUUAAGUGACAAAUAUAUCA